GUAAAGCUGUGUUGAAGAUGGCGGCCGUAUUUGCACGCUUUGGGAACUGGAAAAUAGGCCGGGCAGCAGCAUGCUUGAGAACUUUGAGGGUCUCGGGGCAAUCAACUAACAAGGUAAAAAUAUAUAUUUUUAAUUACGGAAGAGAUACUUCAUACGUAGGAUAGGCAUGGCUAAGUGAAUGAAAUAUGUCGUAUUCUUUUUUACAUCUCGCAGAUGCUCAAUCGCUAUAUCAGAGAUGUUGCCUCACGCACUUAUUCAACGACUGGGUUAUACCGAAGGGUGAACUUUGGAAGACCAAGAAACUUUAAAAUUUACGGUUACAGUGGUGUUAGGCACGAACUGUCGCCUUGGAUUAAAGGAGCGAGAUGUUUUUCGCUAUUCGGAUCACAAAGUUCCUCCCCAAGUCCAGGUAAGGUGUAUUGGCUGUAAAUGACGUGACGUGAAAUAAAGUGCUGUGCAGUCUACUCUCGAUAACUCGAGUCUUCGAGGAAAUUGAUGAAAUCUCGAGUGAUCGAGAAUUGAAAGUAAUCGACCUGAAAUACAGGGAAAUACACUGACUUCCAGUCCAUGGAUUACCCCUGUGACUACCUGAGAGUGGACUACCCCCACGACUACCCUAGAGUGGACUACCCCCAUGACUGCCCUAGAGUGGACUACCCCCAUGACUACCCUUGAGUGGACUACCCCCAUGAGUACCUUGGAGUGGAUUACCCCCAUACUACCCUAGAGUGGACUACCCUCAUAAGUACCCUUGAGUGGAUUACCCCUGUGACUACCCUAGAAUGGACUACCCCCACCAAAAACAAUUUCAGACAAGUAACUGCAUGCAUCCAUUUUAUUUUCAUCUGCACAGCCUUGAACUGACAUUUUGAUUAAUUCUACAUGCUUUAUUUAUGAACUUGUUUUCUUUGACAGAUAACACAGAACUAUUGCAAGAAGAGAAGGUCACAAAUCCAUUUGUACAAGAGAAUGACUCAGGAUCAGUAUUAGAGUCCAUGGCCACAGGAAGCGAAAUGUUCAAUGAUUUGGCAGGUACCCUUACCUCUGUUGGCGAGCCAAGCUUAGCAAGUUUAGGAUUAGGUGGCUGGGGUCCAACCGGCAUCAUUCAACAAGGCCUGGAGUUUAUCCAUGUUACUGGGGGUCUCUCAUGGUGCGCUUCCAUAGCUGUGACAACAGUGUGCAUUCGUCUCUUGCUUCUUCCUCUGAUUGUCAAGUCACAGGCCAACACAGCUCGACUGAACAAUGCACGGCCAGAGUUACAGGAGGUAGAGCUUAAAAUGAGAGAGCUGUCAAACUCUACUGAUUCAGCAGCACAAGCACAAGCUUCUGCGAUGCUGGGAAAAAUUUACCGUGAGAACAACUGUCACCCUGUUAAGGUAAUUGCAGAGAAAAUUGUUGUCAAGAUCUUGAUUAAUCCUGUGGUCAAUUCAUUGAUCUGGGUUGAAUAAUUGCUUCUCCAUCUUUAAUAAUUAAAGACCAUUGCUAAAAUACUGACAUCGGCCCAUUCAUUUAAUUAUUUGGUGAACAUGAAUUUUGUGUCAUUGAACUGUUGAACUUGUUUAACACUUAGCAAUUUCUUUGUUUCUUUUCAGAGUUUAUUGGCCAUUGUUGCCCAGUUUCCUGUUUUCAUCUCAUUCUUUUUUGCAAUCAGAGGAAUGGCUAAUUUACCGGUAGAAUCAUUCAAGACAGGAGGAUAUCUUUGGUUUCAAGACCUAACAUUAUGCGAUCCAUAUUAUGUAUUACCUAUCAUGUGCAGUUUUUCCAUGCUGGCAUCAUUAGAAGUAAGAAAAAUGUGCUUCAGAAGGAAAAGUUUAUAUACCUUUCCAGUUAUCAGCAGUAAACUAGCAAUCAUACGAGUCAUUGCCUUCAUGUUACACAUUUCUAAACCUGGCACUAUAUGUAUAUUAUAUGCAGGUUGAGUGAGUGGUUUGUUUUUUCCACAAGAAUUAACUUUCCAAAUUUCAAUUUGACCUGGAAAACAGCGAACUUGAAGAGCCACCUAGUGGAAAGUCAGCUACUAAAUUCCCAUAGUUAAUAUUAUUAUUCAUUAUUAUUAUUAGUGUUAUCAUUAUUGUUAUUUUUAUUGUUAGGUUUCAUCAUUAUCUUAAUCUAUUGUCUGUUAUAAUUGUAAUUAUAAUUGUUAUUUUUACUUUUAUUAAUUGGGGAUGAGCACAACGAUUUAAAUGUCAGUGAGCCUCAAAGACCUUACCUGCCUAUGAAUGAAGGAAAGCAUCAUAAUUUAAAUGUUCAUAUUUUGCAUGUUAUUUUUCUUGUAGUUAGGUGGCGAGGUUGGAGUCAGGACUCCCCAUAUGGAGACAAUGAAGACAGUCUUUCGCAUCAUGGCUGUUGCAUUGAUCCCUUUCACAGCACAUUUUCCUGCAGUAUGUUUAAUAUCACCCUGUCUUUUGUUUCUUAUGUGUCAAUCAAGUCUAAGCUUCAACAUCCCCCCUGGCAACCUUGCAAGCAUUUGAACUUUUGAAGAUUGGCUAUUUCAAGUUUUCCUCCCCCCCCCCCCAGGCCAAGAUCGCAUUCAAAUGCCCCACCCAAUAUCAAACAAUCCUUUGUGUGUUCAACAAAUGUUGUGGAAUUAAGCAAAGUCAUGCGUUAGUUUUUGGUGCAGCUCCAUAAAAAGAUGUGUAUUCGGGGUUUUCAUUGUAUUACACUGAAAAGACUUGACACUUCCAGUUCUAAUGCCCCACCUCACCCAGGUAGGGUUCAAAUUCCCCACAUCCUGGGUAUGGGGGAUGGUCAAAUGCUCAUGGGUUGCCCAGGGAGAUGUUGAAUAAGUAAGACAGUUUUGUGAAGUUAUUUUGUUACACUUUCUGAAAUAACUUGUACAUGCAGAAAAAGUGAAGGUCUAAGAUGAAUAGCAAGACAGAAAUAGGGGAGGGGUACCAAGGGUUUUUUUAUUUAUUUAUUUAUUUAUUUUUAACUCUUUCUGCUACCCAUGACUUUCUAGCAUAUAUUAUGCUGGGGUUAGGUUUUGCUUGUGCAUAGUUCUCUAGAUCAAAAGUUCCAGUUAGGAGCCCUGACCAGUUCACUGCAUUGUAUUCUUGGGCAAGACACAAGGAUUAUGAAGGGGUAUCUGCAACUGUCAAGAAACCUUGGGGAAACUUUUGGAAGUGAUAUUUGAUGGACCAGAAUCUUGUUGGGGAUGAGUGGCAAUACUCCCAGCUACUUUAGUUUACAGUAAGAGAGAUAAGAGUGGAGAUUUAUGCCAAGUAUGUCACUCAAAUAGUUGGCCAGGGUUCAAAUCCAUGCCUCCUUAACUUGACUAUAACAUCUCUGUAACUCCUCAGAGAAAACUAAACUAAAUGCAAGGGAGAAAUAGCUAACUGUGAGGAUUUUGCAAUUACUUGAGUAACUUUUUUGUCAUGAAAAGAAUGCUACUCUUGGUGCAUUCAGAAUAUGAUUAUGAUAUAUUUUUUUAACAUUUUUCAAUAGGUUCUUUUAUUGUUUCUCAACAGGCCAUUUUUUGUUAUUGGGUAACAUCCAACUUGUUUACAAUUGUUCAAGUAGGAUUUUUAAAGAGCCCUUCAGUAAGGAGAGCUUUAGGAAUCCCUGAAAUGAUAAAGCAUGAAAAUCUACAAGAUGCUGGAAGCUUUUUGGAGAACUUGAAGGCUGGUGAGCUAUGACGAACUAUCUAAGUUAAUGAAUUAAGCAUUUCUUAUCCAUCAACUUCCUUCUUUCCCUCAACCUUUUCAUUUUGUUACAACUGUGCACCUUUUCCCUUUACUUUCUUCCAUCAUUUCUUGCCUCCUUCAAUCUUUCCGUCAUCUCUCCCCUCACUUUCCUCCUUUUCAUACAAUACUUGUUCAAUGAUCUCCCACAUGUCUACCUACCUAUCAAACAAGCUGCCUAUCUGCAUUUCAGCUUAUUAGCCUACACUAAUUUCAGUACAUAGGAUUAGUUGUAAGACCUACCUGUGUUUUUACUCAUGCACUACCCCCAGCUACCAAAAUGAUUGUACCUGUAGUAUUUGCUAAACAUUAAAAAUUUUAACUGUCAACUGACAGCUAGCCAACCUGUGACCUAUCAGGUAACCCUCUGCUCAGAAGCUACCCAUCCUUUUGUACCUUCCAACCUUUUCUCUGAUCUUCUUGUUUAUUUAACUUACUAGAGACUCUGUGACUUUGAAUGCUCUGACAUACAAAUUCUAAACUCUCUAACCAGGGUUUCAAAAUUCACAAGAAGAAGGAAAACUGAGGCAUGCAGAGAAAAUGAAAAAACAGAGAUUGAAGGCUUUGGGAGAGGCCCCCUUGGAAACAACAUACGAGUUCAAUCCCAGGAUUGAACAGAACCAGGAGAUUUUCAGUUUGUCUGACAGUGAAAAAAAGAGUGACAAACGUGGAAGGAACAGAAGAAGAAUGUUGGAGAGACUGGAGAAACCAGCUCCUCAAACUGACCUUAGGAUUAAAUUCAACCAGGAGUACUUCAGUGCCAAAGCUCAUCAACAAGCAAAAGAAAAAGAGUGAAAAUGCAAGGGGGAACAGUCUCUUUGAGGCUCCGAGUCAGGGAAGUUGAGACAUGUGCCUGACUUUUCUUUUUUCACAACUGACUGGGAGUCUGGCUCAAAUUUCAAGCAAUACAGCCAUGUGACCAACAUACUAAGUUACCAAGGCCUGAAUAUGUUUUUGAUUAACAGCUGAAGGUGAUGCGCAGCAGAGUAUACUCUGAUGUCUUUGGCCUUUAUUGACUUGUACAUUUACCAACUAUUUGUUUUAAAGAGAAGCUUACAUAACAUGUAGUCCAUAGUGUGAUUUAAAUGCUCCCAAGAACUGGAUUUCUUAAAGGUUUUUGAUGUGAAAGGUUUUCAAAGGUUGCAGCAUAAGAACAAAGAGGUCAGAGGUCAAAACUCAAGUUGUCCAAACCCAGCUUUGAACAACACUGCCUUGUACAAUAUUGUGCAAUAGUGUAACUGUUAACUGGUUAUGAUAUCAAGUUUUUUUCUUCACCAUUGUAAACUUGUGCAAACAAAAACAAAAUGCUAGAAUUCACAUAUGUUUGAGAUGCAAAUGUUGCUAUCAGUUUAAACAAAAAUUGAAGGAUUUUCUAAAUGGCAGGUGCCUAGACUGACAAUUUAGUUUUAUCAGUUGAGUUGAUAAUGUAAUUUGACCACUGUAAAGAGAUGUUAGAGCUGAUGUUUCCCGCGUUAGCCCUUCGUAUUUCACUCUGACGAAGGGAUAAUAAUAGACAUGUCAGCGUUAGAAACUCUUUUACUGCAGCCAAUCAAGUUUCCCUCCAAUGCAGCGCCACAAUUUCUCACCUCUGCUCCAAGUCUAGCCAUAGUAAUAGUUAUGGUUGUCGCAAAAAUGCUUCCCUCCAACCCUUCUACAUCCAAUCUUAUUGUUUCUACUCCGAUAUGAGGCCAUCAAAGAUUGUCUGCUGAACUGGAAACUGACUUUCGCAUUUGGAACACUUUGUCAUGGUAACCACAACUGAAAUUGAAAAGUUUCACCUUCUUCAUCUUGGUACCCCAGCCAAAAUGUCACUAAUGAACAGUUACCACAAUCUCGAC